CCGCAGCGACGGCACCGAGUGACGGACUCGCACACAAGUAAAAUAUGUGUGCGCCCGUAUUUGUAUUUCGUUAAGUAUUAGUUUUCCGCAUUAUCGGUGAAACGAUGAAGCGUUUAUGUUUGUACGCGCUCUGCUUGUAUCUGGUAGUCAGCUUGUACGGCGAAACGAUACUGUGUUUGACGGAAACCAAUGCGUUGGAGCUGGCCGCAAUGGAUUCCACCGUGACCGUCGUCGACCAAGCCGGAUCGGAUUUAUCAGUAGGCAGAGGAAAGAAGAAAAUGAAGAAAAAAACGUUAAACAUGAUGAUCGGAGCCACGAUGAUGGUGGGCAUGGCGUUAAUGAGUAUGUUCAUAAACGCCACGGCUGCGGUUAUUGGCAAAGCAUUGCUGUUCACGCUGGUUGCUAAAUUGUUGGUGGUGUCUAAUUGGAAGAACAGCGAAGAUUCGGGAUCAUCCAAAAAGGAAUCGUCUCACAAGGAUUUGACGCUCAUCGUGAAUGGAAAAGGAAACCGCUCCAGUAAACAUUUUUUUUAA